CGAGCAUCUAAAAUCAAGCAGAGCUGUUUAACUGGUUGCUCACUUCAACGUAGUGAACAUAAAGGCGGCGCACUCCCCGUUUCUCUCCUCCCUCCUCCACCGCUCUGCCAGUCAGCCAGACAAACGAAGCAGCAAACUCAGACAAGAGAGGAACAACAAACAUGGAUCCGAAUACGACCAUCCUGCGAGUCAAGAGGAAAAGGGGCACCGACCCGGCAGACGCUUUGUUGCUGGCGUGUAAACGUAUCCGACCGGAGACGUCAGGAGAACCGGUACCGGAGCCAAACGAAGAAGCGGAGGUGGAAAACUCUGUGUUCAAACUCGUGGCGACCGUAGCGACACAGGAUGCUCCUGUCCAGACACAGGUGCGACAGGCGUUGGCUCGGCCUCGCAUGGCCCACGCACUGCGCCCCUCUGCCUCCAGCUCACAACGGAUAAUCGGGGACCUACGGAGCACAAAGUGGAGCACCCGGAGGGAGGAACGCUACAGAAUACUCUCCAGCCACCGUACAGGUCUGUCGAGCCCAGCUGAGCAGCAAACCCCCCAGACAGAAGCUUCUGAGGGCGUGGAGGAAACUGAGAAAGAGCAGGACAAAUGUUUGAGUCUCGGUGCGAUCCAGGUGGUUGAUCUCCUACAUGAGGAUGUAGAGGACCAGGAUAAAUCUUCUGGCAAGACGCUGUCCUCAGACCCAGAAGUGAUCCUGUGUAACAGCACCAAGAUGCUGCGGGAGUGCCUGAGCAUAACCGGAGAGAGACUGGGGGAAGAGCACCGGGAGCAAGAGGCCGACUACGUCUACGACCUGUACUACCAGGAAACGGUCGCACCAGGCUGGAUCCAGGACAUCCUAUCUGUCAGGGCCUACGCCGAUGAGGGAGAACUGGUGCCUGACCUUGUGGUUCAUGAAGAGGAGGUGUAUGAAGAUGAGGAUGAUGAAAACGAGGAAGGCAACUGGAGGAAUGACUACCCCGAUGAGGAUAGUGAUGCAGACAGUGACAGAGAGGAGCGCUAUGGUGGUUACUUUGAGGAGGAGCACUCGUACAGCCGGAGGAGCUGGGGUACCUACCAGACGGAAGUGCUGCAAGCGCUGAGCCGCCGUGGUGAAGAUGAAAACGAGGACGAUGAUGAUGGAGACAAAUACCAUUCCGAUUGAUCCAUCCCUUAACCCAAACCUGUCAGUGGAUCUUCCCAACGCCCCAUCUCCUCAAAUAACACCAUAGACCUCUGUGUAGGUGAGAGUGAACCAAAACAGCUGCUCAUAGCGGCACAUAAUAGAAACCUGAAAAAACGUACUUCAAGAAAUCCCAUUUUACAGUGUAGCGAUUGUGUAGCACGCAUCAGAUUUGACCAAGGUUAGAAAAAAAUGACUGAAAACAUCUUGUUCUUAAGUUAACACCCUGUAUGUUUAAAAAAAAAAAAAAAAGUUUUUAUGUGCAGAUGUAAAUGUCAGUCACAAAGCUUGUCAACCACUAAUGGUUCAGAAAAUUACAUAUAUCAGUAAACAUCUUUUUAGGGUCAAAUCCAUCCCCAUCUCUACUACACAGAUGGUGAAGGAGUCGGUGUUAUUUCCAGAAGGAUCCAGAGUGUCUUUAUUUUUUACUGUGGUGGAGUGAAUUUGUGUGUGGGUGUUUGUUCAACGUGGAUGUGUGUUAAAAAAAUGUUGCACAUUAGUGUGAUAUGCCUCGUAUGCUUUGUGCUGUUAACACUAAUGUUAGUGAGACGUCUUGGGCCGCGUGUGGUUGCAACUUAGGGUGCAUUUUGUGCAUGGUAGUGUGCGUAGGUAUAAUUGUGUGUGUUAGAUUUUUGGCAUAAUGUGAAAGCGUGACGCAUACGUUUUGUUGUGGGUGUGCGAGUUUGGUUCCGAAAUUUGAAGUUCAGAUUGUUUCUCUUGGAUGCUUGUUGAAUUUGACUUUUUUUUUGUAAAUAUGUAGAUGUGUAUAAAAAGAAAGCUUUCAAAAUAAACUUAAUAAACAUC